AUGGCAAUUCGCUUCGGUCAGGGCAUUGCCCGUUUCAUUCCCAUGGUUGGAUACCACCAUGUGCUCAUGAUUCUGAUCGCAGUCGCAAUUAUCUUGCUGUCAUUAUUGCUGGCGGGAUGUUCAUCAUCAUCUCCACAAAUACCGGACAUUUUCCUCAUCUCGAUGUACUAUGAAAGAUAUGACCCAGUACUAGACCUGGCACAAGUGGACCCGGGCGUCGUGACCGCUCUGUCAAACAUCGUUCGCGGUGCAUCAAUGGAAGUCCGCGUGGGCUACUUUGGUAUCUGUAUCCAGCCAGACGGCGGCUCAUUCAUCUGCAACGCCAACGCUACCGCGCUGGCUGAAAUUGUCAACGUCGACGCUGACCCACUAAAUUUGAUCUGGGUAGCGUCAACAUUUAAAGAUGCUGUCGUCUUUCCUUAUCUCCUAAUUGUCGCGGUUAUCCUCGCCUUCUUCUGCUUCAUCCUUCUCGCUACCUUUCCCGGGUGGCACGAGGAACCGGACGAGUCUGGCUCUGCAGUCGAGGUCAAGCCCUUCCCCUCGAGACCUGUGUCCCAGGCAGCGCUCGCCCUGAUCUUUGUUUCCUCGGUCUUCGUUCUGGUCUCAGUACUCUGGCAGCACACCGCGUCGGUAGCCGCCAGCACGAUAGCUCAAGAUUUUGGCAACAGCGUCGUCAAGAGCGGCGUCGGUACUUCCGCAAUGGUCCUGGGUUGGUUCGGAUUCGUGCUCCUGGUCAUUGUGACCAUCGGACUUCUCAUGAUGAUUCUCAGCAUCAGCAUGCUGCGGAAACUGACCGACGAGGACUAA